GCCGCGGCACGCGAUCGACGCCAUCCCAACGAUUCCUCCUACAAAUUCUUGAGUAGAAGGGAGGCCAAAAAGGCCACCCGAAGAUUCCUCCUAUAAACACCUCCCUCUCCUUCCUCCUCCAAACAGUUAUGCGCAUUGCAUUAUUAGAAGAAAGAAGGGGGAGGAGAGAGAGAGAGAAGAAAAAGAGCAAGAGGAAACAAAAGAAGCAUCAAUGGAUAGGAGCCACAACAUCAGCAACCGGUUGAAGCAUCGAAUAGCUCAAAUGCUUCUCACCUCCUCCUGCACCACCGCCACUAUAAUGAACAUCUCUGGAAACAUCCCUCAAGAGCCUGGCUCCCCUUUCAACGACCUCCCUGUCCACCGCCGAGGUAAGCUCGACCAACGUCCGCAUCCCGUGGCUCCCCUCGUGCAGGUCUCCAUCGAUUGCAGCGGCCGCAGGUCCAUUCACGACGCCUCCAGUCCUCCAAACCUUCCCUUGACGCAAGAGGAGGAGAAGAGGUAUCAGAAGAAAGAGAGGAAAAUUACAGAAUCUGGAGUUGUCAAUGAAACUGGAGCAGGGGAGGGGAGGAAAUGUACUCCAGCUUCUCCUUCUCUUCCCUCCAAUGAUAAUUACUACUACUCCCACUCCAAACAGAGGAAGAAGGCAACAGCCGAGAAGAAGAACAAGUUUGUAGGCAAGAAGAAGAAACCACCGUCCAAUGGUUAUGGAUUUAGCGGCUCUUCUUCAAUCGGCUCCGAUGAUGAAUUCGGCUUCUUCAGCAGUGAAGAAGGGGAGGAGGAAGAAGAAGAGGAAGAGGAAGAGACGUGGACGCUCUUCUCUUCGAAGAGCUUCUCUUCGGACUCGUCGGAGUUCUACCACCGUCCUUCAUCCAAGAAGAUAACGACCAAACACAAGAAGUCCACCCGGCGACCACCGGUGAGAAGAGGCGCAAGGUAUUUUGAAGAUGGUUGGGAUCAAGGCAUCAAGUUCCAGCCUUUAAUUCCCAUCUCUUCGAAAAAGAAGCCACCGAAGGCGGCGGAGGCUCGGACCGGGUUUGCGGUGGUGAAGCAGUCGACCAAUCCAUAUGAGGAUUUCCGGAGUUCGAUGGUGGAGAUGAUAACAGAGAGGGAGAUGAAGGAACCUGAGGACUUGGAGCGGCUGCUCCACUCCUACCUCUCCUUGAAUUCACCUUGCCAUCAUCCGGCAAUCCUCGAGGCUUUUGCCGAUUUAUGGGAAGCCAUCUUCGGCCAAUUAUGAUCCCUUACAUUUGCCACAUAGCUACAAUGUUUUUGUUAGUCCUAGCUGCGUUGCUUUCGAACUGUAAUUUUUUCUUUUCCAGUUGUAGUGUUUUGCUCUGAAAUGUAUUCACUAGGUUCAAUUCAUGCAUUAUUGGUGGAGAAGUUUGUGCCGUUGAUCGAGAGAAAAAAACAGCCACAGGAAAGCUCUCUAAGGAGAGAAAAGUAGAUUGAGAAUCCUCACAAGCUUAAGUUUGGUUUCGCAUUGUGUCGUUUUAUAACAGAAAGGAAGGCAUAGGCUGUAGUGUUGGAGCCUUGUAGAGAUGCCCAUUUAAGAAGAGAUUUAUCACACACAAGCAACAUUCUCUAGAGUCUAGUAUCGGGAAUCUGAGAUUAGUUAAAUGGGUCACGGUAUUUUCUAUGUCCUGCAUUUCGAUAAAUUAAAACGAGUUUUAUCGUUCUCUGC